UCUGUAAAUUGCCCAACAAAAAAAAGGAAGAAAAGAAAGAAAAGCUUCUCCCCGAGCUCCGAGCUCCCGUGCCGCCCGCUAGAGAGAUCUCGCCCGCCGUCCCCGAGAUCCCGCCCCGCCGUCGAGAUCACGCGCCACCGAGGAGAGGAGAUUCGGCGGUCCGCCUAUCGCGUGAGGACGAGCGAGACUGCAUACUCCAGAAGAGACGAUGAUGCGGCGGUUUGUGAAUUUGGUGGUGGACACCGCCGGCGUCGGCGCCGACGCGACGGCGUGCAAGCUGUACCGCGUCGCUGCAUCGGCCCUCUUUUCAUCUCCAGCACGUCGUCAAGCAGCAGCCAAAGAACUAGAUCCAGAUGACGUGGACGACGCCGGCGGCCUGCCUCCUCCGGCCAUCACCUUCCACCCCUCCUCAUUGUCCGGCCCUGGCAACGUCGAUUUCUUGCACCUCCCCGGCGACGACAGCCUUCUCGCCCUCGACGUCGACGGCCGCGGUCUGCUCUAUAGUGCCGCCUCCGCCGCCGUCCGCUACAUGCCCGACCCGUGCAAGCCCAAGAUGGAGCCCAUCUCCUUCACCGCCGGCGAUAGCGUCCUCUACGUCAUCGAGAGGGUGCCCUUCUCCGGUAACCCCGGCUGCUUCGAGGCUCUCACCUACGGCCUACUCCCCCACGACUUGGACAGGAUGGGCUGGUACUGGCGGUCUCUUCCGCCGCCUCCUUUCGCCAAGGUUGGCUACGACGGCGACUUCCGGCGCCACCGCCAGCGCCGAGAGUACGACAUCACCGCCUCCGCGGUGGUGAACGAGACGGAGCUGUGGGUGACGGCGCACGGAGCUGGGACCUUUUCUUUCGACACGCAGGUUGGGGAGUGGAGGGGGCGCGGCGAAUGGCGGAUGCCGUUCAAGGGGCGGGGCGAGUAUGUGGAGGAGCACGGCAAAUGGUUUGGGCUCUCCUCCACGCCGCUGCAGGGGCUGCACCUCUGUUCCUGCGAUCUCUCCCAUCUCUGCUGUUCCUACGAUGUGCCGGUGGUCAGGCGCUGGUUGGAUGGCCUAGACCGUCUGCCGGCGGCGGCGCCGCCCAAGCAAUCCUUUCUGAUGGAAGCCUACGCCGUGCACCUCGGCUCCGGUAGGUUCUGCAUCGCCAGGUUCAUGGAAGAGGAGGAGGAGGAGGAAGUUGAGGAGGAGAAGGACAACAUCUCAGUUCAUCCAUUCUUCCACGUCGCCGGCGUCAACAACAACAAGAAGAAGAACGACAGGUUCUUGCUGCUCACCGGCGUUGAUGUGGUGGCCUGUGACGACGCCGUCCUCGUGCACAAGUCUAUACGCUACCCAUUCCAAAACGGCGAUUUCGUUCGUGGUUACUCUCGACUCUUUUAAUUUCAUCUAAUUUACUUAUUAUACCUCUCUCCGGUAAAACUAGCUAUAUUUUGUUUUGUGACGGAGUGAAUAUAUCAUUUUUAUAUAUAUAUCCCUUUUCCUUUCGAUUGCAAUAAUAGUAAUAAUGCUGUAUAUGAAUGGUACUUUUUGGGUACUCCAUUCGUUUAUAUUAAGAGGCUGUCCUCUUAUAGUCUUAUUAUACAUGCUCAUUCUUGACUCUGGAAAAAGAAACUUUUUUUUUGCAAGUUAGACCGAAGGAUUGACCGACCAAAUUUUAUUAAGAGAGAAAAGGGGUUAUAAUUGUUUACAAGAUCGACAUUAAGCUGUCAAGGCAAAGUGACAACCAAACCAGUCAUCAGCCGAAAAGAAAAAGUGAAAACAGAACAGAGGCCAACUAAUCACAUUGCCAAAAAAAAAAUUCCUGCUUCCUUCUAAUGAUCAUAUGAUGAAUUCCACUUACAGUACUACAAUUUGACUGCAGCUAUUUUGACAAUUAAGAAAGCAGAGUGUUGUAAAAUUUGGGCAUAAUAAGAUGAUAUAUCUUCCUUAGCAGUUAGCACAGCAACAACAUCCCAAAGGUGAAAUGUUUUUGACCGGAGUGAUGCAACUGCAACAUAUAUUCCAAAUAGAUUCUCUCUGCAAAAUUAAAUUAUUCAACUAGUUCCAUCUCAUUGCACGCCUGCCUGAUGUGUUGUUCAUUGUAUCUCAAAAAUCAUAUUUGCAGCAGAGCAGAAAAAAAAAAUCAUUUGCAGCAGAGCAGAAAAAAAGCAUCAGUAAUCCAUGAUUAUUAUUAUUAAUUGCUCACAUCACAUCCGGUGGCUCAUGGACGCGAGCAAAUGAGUAAUAAUGCAAUAUAUAUAGAUGGACGAGAUGAUCAUGGCAUGUCGGCAGCGUGAUCGUGAUCGAUGGCGGCGACGGGGAGGUGAGUGGAGGAGGAGGGCGGCGGCUGGUCGUCGUCCUCGUGGCAGCAGAGGCAGAGCAUGCCGCGGAGGAGGUUGCACUUGCCGCCAGGAAGCCGAGCUGCUUGCAGCAGGCGUUGCACUUGCCUCUAAAAUCCGAUUUUAUCCCCUUGAAUACGACGCGAAUUUGGAUUCGUUUUCGAGUUUAUCUCUCCGCCAAACCCUAGGUUUUCCCGGCGUGAUUCCUUGCGUUCCAAGCCCGAUCUCUCUCUCCCGUGGCUAUAAAUAGAGUCCCCUUCCUCUCCUCUUUCGUUUGCCUCAAGUCCCAGCCAUCGCUGUUGCCUGUAGCGCCCUACCCGCGGUCGCCUUCUGUCUCCGCCACCGGCAGCCGUUCCAGCCGACGCCCUUCUGCGCUGCCACUUCCCUCGGCUCCGAAAGGCUGAUCUCCAUCCCGGCCGCUGGUUACCUUGCGCCGAAACUCGCCGGAAGCCCUUCGUCACUUUGAAUCCGAUCUACUCCGCCUCCGGCCGAACACCACCGUUGUUUCCGUCAACGCCAAGCUUCGCCGUUGCCUUCCUCGGCAUCACAGCGCCAAGACGAAGCCCGUCCACACCUCCGUUGCUCCCAUCGUCACCUACGGUCGCCGGCCGUUUUCCGUCAUCGAUUCUCGUCACCGUCACCACCGGUGAGUUCGUCUCGUCGUCCUCUCCGCGUUGGUGCUCUCGGAUAGCCCGGCUGAGCCUCCUAACACCGGCGACCUCGCGGACCAGUGCAUGGUCGGCUGUGAUGUCAUCGAUGAUGUCAUUAUCUAUUUAAUAAAUCGUGAAUUCUUUGCUGUAUAAGGCUAAAAUCAGUUUAAUUAAUCUUGUAAAAUUCAUAACUAAUUCAUAU